AUGGAGGAAUCAACUAGUGCCUAUGAGCUUGUCGAGAUAAGCACUGGUGGAAAACUGAGCAGGCAUAAUGUCCAUGUUCAACAAUUGGGCCCCGAUACAGUAACUGAAUUAACAACGUUUCAUUUGUGUGUUGGUGACCAAACACAAGAUCUACACAGUAAAAUAGUUUUGGACCAUCCACGAGGUUAUUGUCAACAGCUUCGCAAAUGCAUUGUGGCUCAUUCGUCAGGGCAAGCGGUUUUUGAUGGGAAAGUAAUGGUCAACAGAUAUGCGCGACAGACGGAUGCAGGGCAACUAACGAGGAGCCUACUCCUCGAGCCUCGAGCAGCUGUAAAUGUGAAACCCAAUCUCCAAAUAAUUGCUGAUGAUGUGAAGUGCUCUCAUGGAGAUGCUAUAAGUGAUCUAGAGGACAGCCAACUCUUCGACUUGGAGACUGCUAGGAAGGCUCUUGUAAUUUCAUUUGGUGCUGAGGUUGUUGACAGGCUGCCGCAUUCUUUUCUCCAGAAACAAGUAAAAGAUAAUGUUAAAGAGUUGCUUAGCGAAGUGUGA